UCGAGUAUAUCGUGGUGGCUGGCGAGUGUUGCGAUUAAUACCGACUGCACCCGCGAAUCGCAUUCCAAUCUCACGAAAUUCCCAUCCGCGUCCAACGUGCCGCUCAUUAAACAUGUAACCCGUGUAUCGUACCAACUCACCUACGAAUACAUCCUCGAACAACAGAGGGAAACAUUUCACGGUCAAUAAUCGAAUUGGGGUGGACGGUUUGUUAACGAGCUUUUGGUGAACGCGUUCACCACGGUGUCUGUCAUCCGAUGCAGCGUGUUUGAACGAUCGAUUUUCGGGAUAAGAAAGAAAAGAGCGUGGCCUUUUCCGACACUGCACGUGCGCGCCACCCUCACCUCUCUUUCCCUCUCGCGGUGCAGAUCCGUUUUCGCACCACUUGCCGAGAGGCGCGAGUAAAACAACAGGGUGAGCGCGUACCCUUGGACCUGGCCCGAUGCAGUUUCUUCCCACCGCUCCACUGACGUCAGCCUGAUUAUCACUUAUAAGAAACUCUCCAAAUUUUCCAUAUAAAAAAAAAGAAGAGAGAAAAGAAAAAGGAAAUACAUAAUUUCAUGGAUACUUCUGUGCGAAACGUUCUCCAAAGCAAAAGGAGGAUUAUCAUCUCGGUCGAUCUUAACGAGUACUCGUUGGUCGCCAAAAAGUAGCAGAGCCUGUGGUGCAAGGAACUCGUUUCGAGGCCGAGCGCAGGCCACGCAUAUCGAAAUCCUGGGACCAGUGACCCGUGCAGGAAAUCGUACUCCGAGCCUCUGCAUCGCCCAUCGAUGAUUGCUUUCCGAUCCACGCUGCAAGAGCAGGCCACCUCUUAGUGUUUACGAGAGCGCACGAUCGAGCACACGUCCGGACUACAGUCUUGCCUUGCCUACGCUACCACGAUAAUUGCCGUUCGCUUUCACCUAAGAACCGAGCCGACUAUCCGAGGGAACGGUUCGUUCCGUGAUCAAUCGAAUAAUUUCGUGAUCAACAGUCGAGUGGAAGAAGAAUCGUUUGAUAAAGAGACACGAUUCGGAGUUAGAGAGUUUGGCUAAUUAAAGAGAGGAUUUUGAUGGUGAAAGUGGUACGCGAGUGAUCGAAAGUAUACUCCAUUGUGAUUUCAAGAUCAUAGACGUUUAGGUGGAAAUAUAUUUGAAUCGUGUUUGGAUAUUGUUUUAUCGGAGGUUCGAAGAAGAAGGUAGAAUCGAGAGGACUUGGCGAUGUCGGUGUGAGGAUUCGGUUUAAAGUGGUUCUCGCCUGAUACUCCAGCGUUUCGUUGGACCAAUUUAAAGACAAGGGAACAGGGAGGAAAAAAGCCGGCAAACUGGAUGCUCCAGACGGUGCCUCGCCUUCCGCGCCCCCGCCUGACAUUACUGUCACCCAAGAUGACCGCUUCGGGAAGCGGACGGGUGGCAGCGCCAGAAGACCCAACGAAUGCUUCGUCCUCGAGCCCUCCGAGAUGAUCGUCAUCGACUAUCCGGAAGUGCAUGGAGGAAGGAUGCAUCGACCACCGCACCCCCAUCCCAUAACCGACCAUCGACAGGUCAACCUGGUCUUCGAUGAUACGUUUUCUCAAGGCCUGACAGGCAGGCCAGAGCUGUACCAAAAAUCCAACAGAAGCAGCCAUUCGAGUGACACAAGUUCAGCGUACAGUGGAUCAGACACAAUGACAUCUGUACAAAGUUCAUUAGAUGCUGAUGCAGAUGAUGUUGAUCUGUCAGGGCUUGUUGAAUCCAUAGUGGACAGUGAUGAGGAAGAAGAUCUUGCAGAGAGUAUGGAUAGUUUGACUGUCCGUGAUCCAGUCAGAGAAUGUUUAGAGAAAGAUCCCAUGGAAAGAACUGAGGAUGAUAUAGAGACACUGUUAGAAUUCACGCAACAAUUGAAGGCCUUUACAAAUAUGACUUUGGCAGUGAGAAGAGCGCUGUGCGCUGUGAUGGUGUUUGCUGUGGUGGAACGUGCUGGUAUGAUAGUUUUAAAUGAUGGAGAAGAACUGGAUAGUUGGAGUGUGCUCAUUAAUGGUGCAGUGGAAAUUGAGCAUAGUAAUGGAGAAAUUGAACAGUUACACCUUGGUGACAGUUUUGGAAUCUUGCCCACUAUGGAAAGGCUUUUGCAUAGAGGUGUCAUGAGAACAAAAUGCGACGACUGCCAAUUUGUAUGUGUCACACAAGCGGAUUACUUUAGAAUUCAGCAUCAAGGAGAAGAGAAUACGAGGAGGCACGAAGAAAACGGAAGGGUGAUUUUAGUCACUGAAUUGAGGGGUGCUUUAGAUGGUGGAGCACGAAGAGGUCAUGUAGUGAUUCGUGGAACUCCCGAACGUUUAAUGUUACAACUUAUCGAAGAAAACAGUAUUACCGACCCAACUUAUAUAGAAGAUUUCUUAUUAACUCAUCGAACAUUUAUUGAUAGUCCUUUAUUAGUUGCAAGUCAAUUGUUAGAGUGGUUUGAUCAAUCACAAGUCAGGGACAGAGUUGCUCGCGUAGUACUUCUUUGGGUAAAUAAUCAUUUCACGGAUUUUGAAACUGAUCCAUCGAUGAUGGAGUUUUUAGAAGCGUUUGAAACUGGAUUGGAAAGAGAAAAGAUGCAAGGUCAACAAAGAUUAUUAAAUAUCGCGUGCGCGGCAAAAGCAAGAACGCGAAACGUAACGUUAGCAAGGCCUUCCAGGGAUGAGAUCCUGCAUUUUAGUAUUUUAGGGGGAUACGAAAGGGGUUUUGGUAUUUUUAUUUCAAAAGUCGAUAAGAAAUCGAAGGCCGAGGACGUUGGUUUGAAACGAGGCGAUCAGAUUUUAGAAGUGAACGGACAGAGCUUUGAGCACGUGAGUCACGCCAGGGCUCUUGAAAUUUUAAGAGGAUCCACUCAUCUCAGUAUAACUGUUAAAUCCAAUUUACUUGCGUUUAAAGAAAUGCUUCAGAUGCCAGACGAUUCGCCGAGGCCGCGGGGAAGAGCGAAUAAGCCUGAGAUUUCAAGACUACAAACCGAUCCGCGCGCAAGGUUGUCCACCCAUGUGGAUCCGAUAACUCCAGUUAAUCCUCUGGUGGGCGGUGUUCCAUUAUUAAUUCCCGAUUCGAAUGUUUCUCCGUGUAAAGAUGCUAAAAAGGAGCAUAAAGGAUUCAUGACACUUGGACCGAAAAGGAGAUUACAGAAAGCUCUAAUGAAAAUGAAUAUACUGCCAAAGAAUACUAUUAACGAUGGUGUACAUGUAGAUGAUCCCCUCGCACCUCCUCACACACCACCGGGAACAACAGGACUCGCACAGACUACUAAUCUUUAUCACUCCAAAAGUAAUCCCGAUCUUACGUCGUUGUAUUGCUACGACGACUUAAGGGCGCCCGAUUAUCCUGAACACGUUUUGAAAGUUUAUAAAGCCGAUCAAACUUGUAAAUAUCUUCUUAUUCACAAAGAAACAACAGCGCACGAGGUGGUAAUGCUUGCUCUGCAAGAAUUUGGUAUAACCGAGAGCAGUUCGAAUUUUUCUUUAGCCGAAGUCAGCGUCGGAGAAGGGGGUAUGAUCAAACAGCGCAGGUUACCCGAUCAAUUACAAAAUCUCGCAGAACGAAUCGGCCUGAGUUCUCGGUAUUAUUUAAAGACCAAUGGUAUUUCGGAGACAUUGGUAGCUGACGAACAGGCACCUGAAUUGAUUCGCGAAUCUCAGGUUCAUUUCUUGCAAUUAAAUGCCGUUGAAGUUGCCAUUCAGUUAACUUUGCAAGAUUUUAGUAUAUUCAGACAAAUUGAAUCUACGGAAUACGUGGAUGAUUUGUUCGAGCUGAAAAGCAGAUACGGAGUACCUAUGCUUAGGCAGUUUGCGGAACUAGUCAACAGAGAAAUGUUUUGGGUUGUGACGGAAGUUUGUUCCGAGCACAAUCUCGUUCGACGUAGUAAAAUAAUAAAACAAUUCAUAAAAAUAGCACGACAAUGUAAGGAGUGUAAAAAUUUCAAUUCCAUGUUUGCGAUCGUGUCCGGUCUGGGUCAUGGGGCUGUCUCAAGACUACGAGCUUCUUGGGAAAAACUGCCAAGUAAAUAUCAGAGGCUCUUUAGCGACUUGCAAGAAUUAAUGGACCCCAGUCGCAAUAUGAGUAAAUACCGGCAAUUGGUGGCAUCCGAGCAAACACAACCUCCUAUAAUUCCGUUUUAUCCAGUGGUGAAGAAAGACCUGACGUUCAUACAUCUGGGUAACGACUCGAGGGUGGAGGGUUUGGUGAACUUUGAAAAAUUGCGAAUGAUCGCGAAGGAAGUGAGAACGUUAACAAACAUGUGCUCUUCGCCUUACGACUUAUCAAUAAUGUUAGAAAGAGGCGGCCAACCACCCAGUUCAGCAAUGGUCGCGUUAAAUCAAAUGACGACAGGGAAUCAAGUGUUACAAUGUCCAGGAGGACAGACGGCGACGGUGAAAAGGCGGAAAAAGUCGACAGCCGCGCCAAACCCGAAGAAAAUGUUCGAGGAGGCGCAGAUGGUUCGACGAGUGAAAGCGUAUCUCGCCAAUAUGAAAGUCAUCACGGACGAGGAGCGGUUACACUCUCUUUCCGUCGAGUGCGAACCUCAUGCAGGAGCUGUUGCAGUGGCUGCUGCGGUACCCCUUAGUACAAGCAGAGGAAGAAGGCAUCCUUCUCCUACUUUAUCAACCACGAGUAGUGCCAGUAGCACCAGCGAAGGUAGAAAGAGUAUACAAGGUACAAAGUUCGGAGCAGCAUCGCCACAGGCUGUACGAAAAAUGUUGGCUCUCUCCGACCCUCACAAAACUCGUCCAUACCAACCUAAACAUUGUCCACCACCGCUUCCAGUACCAGGAUUAGCCCUGCAUUCCAGCGGACUGGAGCCUAGUCCUGGUGCACCUAGGAGAGUAGGAUCUGGUAGCCGAGUUCCUAUGCAUGAGCGAUCCCAUAGCGAUACUCCUUCCAGUUUACCACCGCCUGUUGAUCUAAGUGCCGAAAGUAGUAGCGUAACCAGCCUGAGCAAUCUUCAGCCGUUAAGAAAAACGUUGACCAGCGGUUCGGUGACGAGCAGUGACAGUGGUCACAGUACACAGCUGGACAGCCACAGUGGAAGCAGCGUGGAAGCUGGUGGUAGUCCACCUCCACCUCAAAGACGUCAUUCCGCCAUGCAAGGGUCUGUUAUGAGAGGUGGUGCACCUCCGUUCCCUCACGCGGUAGCAGUGUUACCUCCGCUUCCUGCCAACCACAACCAGAAUCAAAACCACAAUCAUCAUCACCACCACCACCAUCACCACCAACAUUAUUACGAUCAUCACCAUCACCAACCCCAAAAUCCUCAAGGUACUACGGGAUUAGGAGUAGGCGUGGGUCUUGGAGUACAGACGGCGCAUCCUCCUCCAGGAGCUGGCACGACGAUUAUGACCACGAUGUCGACAUCGAUGACAACGAUGCGUCCAGGAGUGGGUAGUACACAGUGUCGUCAACCACCUGCAUACAAAGUUGCGGCACAGAUGGCAAGGUUGCACAGGCUUGGCCGUGCUCACAGCCACGAGGGUGUUACCUACAGGACCGACCAUGAAGAUGACGACGAGGACGCCCAGGUAUCAGCGGUUUAAAACGGUCCACGUCUCCAAGGGGUUUCCGGUCAUCCUUUUGUUUCACCUGCUCAUCGCACUGUUUCUUCACGCGACCAAGAGGAACACAAACUUUCGUUAUCAUGUGCCACGUGAAAACAGGAACGUUACUGAAGUAACGAACAAAGCUCGUGUGUACCGUAUCUCCAAUAAAGAAACCCAAUAGGGGAAAAGUAUACAGAAGGGUACACGAAGGAAUGCGAGAAAACAAAUCGUCAAACGCACAGUUUCUUUCGAUGUUCGCCGCAUCGGAAGUCGAAACAAUAAUACCUGUUCCAAGGAGGAUCCUUGGAUAAGCGAACGAAGCGCUCGUCUUCCAGGAUUGCACGCGAAAGUAGCAGAGGAUAGCCACUGAAGAUACAUAAAAGAGAAAGAAGAAAAAACGAACGUCGAUACGAUUCGGGAAGCGCAGAAAAGACAAAAGGAAGAAGAUAGACUGAGAAAAAUAUGUAAAAGAAUUUCUCUUUAGAAAGAGGUGCCACGAGUUUCACACGUAGCGGCUACUCCAGAGAGAGAAAGAGAGACUAGGCGCGUGAAUUUACGGUCAUAAGUAAUAUUCUCUAUAAAUGUGUAAUAAAAAAAAAAAAUCGAGUCCAAAGAUGUUAUAUAUACCGCGUAAUCGUCGCAGGGAGUACGAACGAAGGCGUGUCUUGUAUUAUAAUUACUUUUUAGGCUAACCCCCGAACGCCCAGAGUAGUUUAAGUAUACGUUUCUUUUUUUUUUUGGUGUACAUAGCGUGUAGCGUUUAAUGUAGCCUGUAAUGAGAGAGAGAGAGAGAAAGAGAGAGUGCAUCGUGCGUGUAUGUAAGAGAGAAUGAGAGAGAGGGAAUUUAGUGCAAAACGAACACGGAUCGUGUUGUCCAUCAUCAUUGAGCGACGUUUCUUUUCUUCGUUCUUUUUCUUCUGUACACGCGGCGAGAUUUUUUAAUUAUGUUAUCGACAGGCUUUGAGAUGAAUUUUACUUCUCGCUAAUUAUGUCUUUGACGCGCGUGUACACUCGCGGUCAGAUCAGGCUUCCCCAGGAGAAAUGAUAAAUUUGCUGAAUUUAAAUGCUAAAUUUUAUUAUAUUUAAUAACUAAAAGUUAUAUUUUCUUCUCGAAAUCACUUUUAAUAUUAAUAUCGUAUUUUAAAAAUUCAUAUUUUCUCUACAUCGUUAUUUUCUUUAGGAAAUCCUGAUUUGAUCGCGGGUGUACUAUUAUUUUAUCAUUGACGCGAUCACAAGUACAAAGUAUUUUUGCAGAAAUCGCGUAGAAAAGUAUACGCUGGGCUUUUGAAAUUCUUUUUUUUUUAUUGCUUUUUGCGUGCGCGGAAAUGAAAAUAAUUAAUAGCGCGCGAUCGUUCCAAGAGCGACAGAAGAGAAACGAAGGAUGCAACAAGGUAUUAAACUCGGAUAUAAUAUUAGUGAUUCGAUUCGCAUCGCGUAUGCUCAACUUAUUUUUACCGAGUAAUUAUUAAUCGAAACGAAUUUUUAGAUCUGCUGUAACUUAUUAGAGAAUGUCGUCUCGAAUUCGAUCUGUCGUUGUCGAAGGUGAUGGAUCAUCGGUAACUAAUAUUUUCCGAAAUUUUAUCAGUAUCACGGUACUCUUAAUUUUAUAUACAAAGAAACAAAAUAUAUAUAUAUAUAUAUAUAGAAAUAUAUAUCUGUAUGUAUAAUCCGCGCCGUGCGAGAAGAGCGUAUUAAACAAGAGAACGAGAAUCUUUCUUCGAGCCUUCUAUCAAGGAGAGACGAAAUUGAUUCUUAAAGGCGAGAUGAUCGCGAGUCAUCGCGAGACCGGACGACAAGAAUCAACCCGGUUUCGCUAUUUAUAAUUAUCGAUACCGAAUAAAACGUAUGGUUUUUCCCGCGUUCACGGCUAGGAUCGUCGUCGUUCGAUCACGACGGUGGGGUCAGAGGGGGCCUAACUUCCGAGGCUAUCUCCAAUUCGCGAUGAACGAUCUGGCGGGAAACGCGCGCGGAAAGCGAGCUAAAAGUCUCGAGGAUUAACACGGUGCUUCCUAUUCUCCUCUCUCCGUCGCCUACACGCUCGAUAAUCGAGCGCACUCUCGACAUUCCACGUGGUUGCGUCCAGUCGUGAAUCGUCGCCAAAAUGCUUCCACUCGGCCGACUGAUUACCGUCUCGAGCGCGAACGACUGCUUUUCAAUUCUUACUCGCAUAUACAUUCGGAUGUAAUAUAGAUAUUCUUUAAUUAACAAUUAAGCUAAAAUCAUAUAAGCGUUUAAAAUGACGCUUAUCGAAAUGGAAACUGAUGUAUAGUCACCUAGGCUCUUCUUAAAUAAUGAAAAAUAUAAAGGAAGUAUGUAACCAGUUCCUUUAUUCUACUCUGGGUUCUUCCUUGAUUUUCCCAAAAUUAAAAGCAAGUGGUGUGAAGGCAUCACUGGGUUUCAAUUUUGGGAGAAUCUAGGGGGAACCUGUGGAGGACACAUGAGUGUUAUUUAACUCCUGUAGAAAGAUUUUGAUCAAUAGCUGUUGUUUUAAAUGCUUGUGUGAUCCCAGUGUAUGUAUAGGAGGAGGAAUCUUCCAUUUCUUGCUUUUGGUUUCGGAGAAAUUCAAAUAGAGCCUAGGGCUGUUUAAGAGAGCCUAGGAAGAGCCUCCUUCACUUCCCUUAACUAAAGAAGGUCUACUUUACAACCAGGUGUAUUUUUUAGUAAAAUACGUGAAACGCUGGUCGAACACCGUGCUGAUCCUCGCCAGGCCGAUCCGCGUCGACUAACCGAGCCGAGGAUGAUCAGUUCGGCUCGGUUUCAUCGCGGAUCUAGCUAUAGCAGCAGCGACAUUUACUGCGUAUUCAUAUUAUAAUAUCUCUUUGUACAUAUCCUUGAAUGACUUUUAAAUAUUAUUAUUAUUAUUAUUAAUCGAACGUUCUCGAAGAGGGUCUUAAGCGGACAAUUUACAAUGAUACCUCUUUAAAUGGCACAUUUUCUAUUUCUAUUUUCUUUUUUUUUUUCUAAGUGGUAAAUUGUCAUCUUCGUUAUUUUAUAAGGGUGACAAUGUAAUAUAUAAUCGAUAGUGAAGAACUUGGAAACAGUAGUGUUAAAUUAUGAAAUAGAUAAGGUGGGAAGAUUAGUCAUUUAGAGAGGUGAUAUUGUAAUGUCUAGGAUUCAUAGAUCGCAAAGGUUGUUCGUGAGCGUCGAAGGAAAUAGAGACGGGCAGUACAUAGCGACGCUAUUUCCGUUUCUUCGAACGUUUGUAAGGCCAACAUCCUCUCCCUUUUGCCUUUCUUUUCAACGUUUCUUAGGGAUCUUUCUUCUUGCUAUUCUUUUCUUUCUUGUUUCUUUCUUGCUUCUGUGCCUUUGGCGGUUCAAGAACACACGAUCCAUUCCAGAGAGCAUUUAUGCAUUGAUAUUUCAAGAUUCCAUUUCUAUCAAGAAUUGUUUCUAACAGUUCUUUUAUGUUUUUAAUAUCUUUGAUAUCUUUAAUCCAUAAAGAAUAAUUUAUUAGGUGUAAAUAUUAAUUUGGUGCCUUUAGUAUUACGCCUUCUUAUUUACUAUUUUAAAUUUGAAUGUUUUCCCGAGCUUUUUAAAAGUGACGUGAAAAUAUAACAAUAACAUUUAUUUCAAUAAUUGAAACUGUUAUGGAUUUUAAAAAUAAAUCUUUAGUUUAAAAAAAGCAAAGGCACAGAAUUAAUUUGUAUACUUAAUAAUUAUAAAUUCCUUAUUUAAUGAAGAUCUUAUGUAGUCAUUUUGAUCAAACUUUAAGCUUCAAAUUGAUGUAGGAUAAAUGCUAUUUCAUGAUACUUUUAUGUCAUAUGUAACAACCAUAUUAAUGAACUAAUUAUUUUCUAAUCAAAAAUGAUUUCUUGUUUAACCAAAAAUUAAUGAAAAAUAAUCAUUUGAUUUUAAAUUGAAUUACAUUUUUUAAAUCAAUCAAAAAUGUUUUUGAAAGAAAAUGGAAUCCCAUAGAAAUAGAAAACGUUGAAAGACGAUAUAGUCUUGAAUUGCUGAAGCCUCGAAUCCUCCUUCUUCCCUUAAUUUUACAAAACUACCUUGUCGUAGAGGUCUGUGCGAGUAUGUGUGAGUGUUUAUCGAAGUGCAGAUAGCGCGAGUCAGAAAAUUAUAGACAAUUCUUCGAAUCUUCCACCCUAUUACCCUUUGACCAACUCUUUCGUUUUUAUUUAAUGCCCCUUAAUCCCUUCAUUCUCUUCUAUUCUUUUAAUUAUUUAUAUUAACUCGAAACGAGACGACUGCGGGUCGUGGUCGGCACCAAGAAUACGGAACAGAGGAAAGCAACCUUUUGUAUUUAAUUUGUUUAAUAAAAUCUUGGAUCAUAGUACAACAUUCCCGACCGUUUCAGUUCCGGAGCACAAAUUUUUAUUUCUUCUUUUUUUCUUUUACUCACACAAAGACGCGUCCCAUUCGUUCCUUAAACCCUUUCGUGACGAACAAAAUGGGAUGAAACAGUACAAAAAGAAAAUAUUGAAAGGAAACGCGAGGAAACACGUUCAGUUUUCUUUUUUGUACAUACAAGGCUAUCGUCCACGGUUUUUCGUUUAUUUUUUCAUUCUUUGCGAAGAUAUCUCUGCGUACGGUAUUUUUUUUCAGACGCGAAUGGAACAUUAGGGCACACGUGAAAAAUGAUUGUCAUUUCGAUUCUUUGCUCUGGGGGUGGGGAUAGCAUUUUAACCCUUUAUUUGGCGACUCAGGGGAACAAUUGGGAAGAAUUUCAUUUCUUCUAUGUUUUAAUCCAUUAAUUUCCAGAAUUUAACUCACUCGAUAUCGCGUGAUCACUCAUAAGAGUGUAAAUGUCGUAGCACACAACGAUGGGGAAAAAAUUUGUGACCAUUAACUUUGGGCAUUAAUGGAUUAAAUUGAUUCAUUUAAGAUUGAAAAUAAUAGUAGUGUUAUAAGAUUACUAAUUACAAUUAAUUUGGUCAGUAAUAAAUAAAUUCAUAUUUAUUAGAUAAUUUUGCAAUAAAUUAAUGCAAAUAUUGUAAGGUACUUAAUAUCCUUUUUAGAAAUUUAAGUCCUCAAAUAUUUAAAUUAAAAGAUUAAAUUUCUUUGUUUAUCAAAAAGGAGGAAGAUGUAAGAAAAAAAAGAAAAAAGAAAUAAAAUGAAAAGUGAAGAAGAUAGCCAAGUAAAGGGUUAGAAGAAUGGUAUUUUUAUAAGGUUUGCUACGAAUUAACGAUAAGCUUGAAGAGUUCAGAGGUCAAUGAGAGGUACCGUACAUAAGAGAAGAAUCCGUGGGAACGAAACUGGUGGUAAUACUACUGCUACUAUUUUGUACGAUACGAUGUUUUUGUAUAUCUGUCUACCGUAUGUAUAGGAACGAAGUCUACCGAUCAUAAUUAGAUGGUUGAAAUUGUAUCGAACACGUAUUAAACGAUUUGUAGCGUGACGAAGAGAAAGUACCGGUUGUAUUUACGUCGAGUCACACAUAGAUGUUGUUCCCAUUUAAUGUACACCUGUAAAAUCCCUGUCAAACAAUAUAUGAGCUAUUAAAGGAUUGGUAAA